GUUAGCAGGAUGUGCCUUGUGUACAGUCUCAGACUCAGCUCAGAGAGUCAGAGAGAGGAGCUCUGAAAGCCAUGGCAGACCCCAAACCUGAAGGAACCAACGAGCAGCUGAAAUGCCCUCUCUGCUCAAACACAUUCACAUGCCCUGUGGCCCUACCCUGCAGGCACAAAUUCUGCAAGGCCUGCCUGGAAGAUCGGUGGGACAAAGUGGAGAACGAGACUAGCUACAACUGCCCGGAGUGCCAGCAUACCUUUGAAACCAGACCCCAAAUUCAAAAGGAUCCACUCCUUAACGGAACAGUGGUGGAGCUGUCGAACAAAGAGGCAGACGAAAUCAAGACACCCCCCUCUGAAGAGAAGGACAAGGUCCUAGAACAGAAUGAAAAGAUCAUAGAAAAGAAAGAAGAGGGCAUUGAAAACGACGAGGUCAUAGAGAAGGACGAGGUCAUAGAGAAGAAGGACGAAGUCAUAGAGAAAAAGAACGAGGAUGAGGAUGUGGUCUGCGACUCCUGCAUCGAGACUCAGUCCAGGGCUGUGAAAUCCUGCCUCACCUGUCUGGUCUCUUACUGCGAAGCCCAUCUGAGACCUCACCUGGAGAAGAACAAGUUCCAGAACCAUAAGCUGGUGGAGCCGCUACGGGACAUCGAGCGGCGGACCUGCGAGGUCCACAACAUGCCCCUGGAUCUCUUCUGCCAGGAGGACUGGACCUGCAUUUGUCAGGAGUGUGUAAUCGAGGAGCACAGUGGGCACAAAACUGCUCCCUCUGGGGAAGCCAGGAAGGAGGUGGAGAAUGAACUAAAGCAGACACAGAUUGAGCUGGACAGGAAAGUGAAGGCAGCAGAGACCGCUAUCAGCAAACUGCAGAUCAACGCCACCUCCAUUGAGGUCUCAGUGCAGGAAGUGAAGGUCAGCAUUGACCAGCAGUUCUCAGAGCUGCUGGAGGCUGUUGAGAAGGCCAAGAAGGAGGCGAUGGAGGCCCUAGACAGUGAGGAGUGCUCAGCAGUGAAGCAGGCGGAGGGCAUCAGGGCACACCUCGAGCAGAAGUGCACAGAGCUCAAGAAAACCCACACCCAGAUUGAGAAGAUGACCAAGAACAAGAAUGAUGUUCCCUUCCUCCAGGAGUACAUCGAGUGGAAGAAAGGGGCCUCCGAUGACACCCUACCCAGCAUCUACAUUGGGCUGAAGGACAGACUCACCUCCUUCAGCAGAGUGGUGUCCGAGGCCUCGCAGGCCAUCCGGGAUGAGCUGCUCUCCACCUUCAAGAACCAGCUCAAAGAGCUCUGUAAAGACGAUAAAUGUGGAAUUAAAACCACAGUGGCUCUAAUCUGCUCCCCUAAGCACCACAUAUCAGCCCCUGAACCGAAGACCAGGAGCGAUUUCCUGCAAUAUACCUCCCCGGUGAGCUUUGACCCUGACACGACGCACCGGUACCUGCGGCUGACAGAGGACAACCACAAGGUGACCAACACUGCCCCCUGGCAGCACCAGUACCCGGAUGUGCCGGAGCGUUUCGAGCACUGGCGGCAGGUGCUGUGCGCGGAGAGCUUCUACCUGGGCCGCCACUACUUCGAGGUGGACAUCAGCGGGGAGGGGACCCAUGUGGGUCUCACCUACAAGAGCAUCGACCGCAAGGGGAAGGAGAGCAAUGGCUGCAUCACCGGCAACGACUUCUCCUGGUGCCUGCACUGGAGCAGCAGGGACUUCUCAGCCUGGCACGGCGACUUGGAGACUCCCGUCAAGGCCACCGGCAAGUUCACCAGGAUCGGCAUCUACGUGGACUACGCUAGGGGGAGCCUGGCUUUCUACGGCGUCGCUGACUCCAUGACUCUCAUCCACAAGUACCAGGCAGAGUUUACUGAGCCGCUCUAUCCUGCCUGCUGGCUCUCCAAGAAAGAGAACGUGGUGCUGCUGGUGAGCCCCGGCGAGGCGCUUCCUCAGAAGAGCCCGUCACCUCCUCCAACACUGCCAAGCACGGCCGGGGUGCAAAUUGCACAGUAGCAUGUUUAUACUACCUGGCACCUAGUUUAUACAAGUUGCCCCAUGCAGGACUCCACGAUUGAGAAGUCUUUUCUCACUGGCCGUUCCCAUAUGGCGUGCAUAAAAUAAAAAAAAAAUAAAAACUACUGUUUUGUGAUAAUGUGAUGAGAUUGUGAAACAAGUUGCACAACCAGUGGUUUAGAUCAGUGCCCCCUCUACUGGGUUUAUUUUGUAUUACAACAGGUGUCUCUUACAUGAAAAACCACGUAAAUUUAACAAAAUCUUUUUUUGUAUUUCUUUAUACGACCCAUGUUUUUACCUAUUUAUUCAAUAUGCAUGACACACACCGGUUAAGGACCACUCAGUGUUGGCCUUUCAUUAGUAUGAUCUGGUUAUUGUAAGCAAAUACAGUAUUUUGCAUGCUCAUGGUCAAUAAAAACAGAUCUUAUUUUUAAUUGAUAUUAUAGGUACCAAUAAUUCAUGCAUUUUAUGUUUUAUGUGGUGUGUUAUUGUUGGUGUUUAUUGGUGCACGGGGUAUAAAUUGGGCUGUGUCGCAUGGGAGAGUUAAAAUAUAUAUUUGUAUUUAGGCACAGGGAUUGCACAAUCACUUCACGUGCAGAUAAAAUGUGUAUUAGUAUUUGAGCAUGGGUAGAUAUGUUUGCACGUGGACUUUGUGACACACCCGUGCCCAAAUACUAAUACUAAUACCCCACCACAUGCCUGCAAUGUGAUUUUAUUUUUAAAUCCUGGGGAUUAACAGUUGAGGCUGUCACUAUUGGGUAUAAACUGUGUUACAAGAAACUUCCUUAGCAAAUGAUCUUCAGCAGUAAUGCAUUACUGUACAGUGCUGGCAUACCAAUGGUACAGCAAUGAUGUUGAUUAAUGCACACUGAUGGUGCAUCGAGGUACCAUGAUACCAUUGUGCGUACCACUGGGUUUGCUGCUAUUGUAGGUUAUGCUAUGGUCUGCUAAUGGUUCUGCUGUGGUUUUUGUAGGGUAAUACACUGGGAUUGUAGUGGUGUGUUUUUCAAUCUGUUCUGUAAUGUAUCAAAAUGACUGACUCAGGUCUUUGUGAUUAUCCUAUUACUCUUGAAAAGUGGGUUGCAAGUUGGCUUUGUUUGUAACAAUGGCUUGGAUUUUAGAUAGGAAAAAAACACUAACAAUGUAUUGAUGUAUAAACAAUGGUGUAAUAAUUAUGAUCAUAAAUAAAAUAUAUUUAAAA